AUGACCGGCAACGAGGGACAGAGCCAACAAGGCCAACAAGGCACUCCUACAACCUCAACAAUUUCACACUUAUCGUCCACAACUGCAACUUCGAGUCUUGUAAAGACACAAUAUAGCGGUCUUACAAAGUUUGCAAAUACCAAAUUGGACUUUGCUUCAAUCGAGAGGCUUUCUAGAAAAGACCUCUAUGAUGUUUGGAUUGAAAAUAUCGAGGGAGACCUUUUUAGCAAGGGUAAAGCCUUACUCAACAUUCUCAACAGAGAUUUAGCACGUCCAGAUGAGGAUAGUGCUCAUUUUGACAUAUGGCAUCAGCUAUCAGCGACCAUCUGCACCUGGAUGAAGAAUCAGGUUUCGAACGAUCUAAACCAAGAGAUCAGAAUGAUUAAUGGAACAAUACGUUACGCCGAUGAAUACGCUUUUGCCGUCAAGAAGCUUUGCAAGGGAGACACCAAUGAAAACAUUGGAUGGAGUCAAACAGCUCAUAUCCUUGCUUUGCACCGAGACAAAUUCACAACACCUGAAGCCUUCAUUAUUGGGAUUCGCAACGCUUACUUCAACCUCCUAUCCACAAAUCUAGAGAUGGGAGCAUAUUUACCAACAGUUCUUAUAAUGGAUGGCUUACAUUCCGAAUUAGGCUCAUGGGUUACCACUUACGAGAAAGACAUCCCACCUCUAUGCGAUAUACAACCAGAAGAUUUUCAGCAUCUUGUGUCCAAGGCCAUAGUUGCCGCGAAGCGCUAUCAAGAAUACCAUUCGAAUACGACCCUCCGACUCCCGCAGAGCAAUGCAAGCAACGUGCCACAAAACAACAAGGGAAAUGGAAAUAGGAACAAUGGCAGCAAUAAAAUGAGGCAUGAACCAGCCCCAGGUACGGACAUUGACAAGCAUGUCAUAAGCUUACGUGCCUUACCUUCCAAACAAGGCAAAUGUGGUUAUUGUUCAUCGCCUACACACGAUGCCACCAAUUGUUACUACCUAAUGGAUGAACCCCCUGAAUCGUGGAAUCCUAGGCGCAAUAAUUUAUGGAAUUACUCCAAGGCCAAGAAAGCCCGAAGUGGUUUGAAGAAGAGCAAAGAUUCGACUGAUCAGAAACCUACCCCUGUGCCACUGGCUUCGACUAGCCUCUAUAACUCUGCAUUCAGUACUGCUCAGAUCCCUGUCGUCGAUACCAGCGAAUCCACUACCAGACGCGGACCCUGGAUUGCUCCGAGCACAACGACUACAUGCAUCGAAUCAUACCUAAGCCAUUUAAAGGAUGACCCGCAGCCUUACAACGAUCAGGGUAGUUGGGUAGCCGAUUCAGGCGCAGCCAACAAUAUUGCAGGUGACAACGCUACAUUCUUGAAAUAUCGUGAGUACGGCCCUGGUGAUGUCAAACCUACCUUUACAUGUUCCAAUGGCACCAUCGGUACCGCACAAGGUGAAGGAAUCGCCCUCAUGAGGCUUGAUAGUGGCAAUGACACCUACACAGAUAUCGCCUUGAAAGUGCAACAUGUCCCAGGAUUGAGCUUCAACCUGUGGGCCACAGAGCCAUCCAAGAAAGAUCAUGGGAUUUAG